AUGGAUGCUCAAGUAGCCAACACUACCUAUGCCGGCUACAGCGGGCCGGCUGGACAGUACACCUAUGGCACGUGUCCGGAUGGCAAGGCACCUCAGUACCCUGCCAACGUCGUUCGCAUCUCGGCCGAAGACGAUUCGAUCCGCGCUGGCUUCAUCCCGUAUGGCGCCACGCUCGUCGAACUGUGGGUGCGCGAUAGAGAUGGCGCUUGGAGGGAUGUCGUCUUGUGUGAGUGGCGCGUGACGAGCGUGCGAUGACAUGCUCUGACGCUCGCUGGCACGCUCGCUCGCUGGCUCAUGGCAGCCUUUGACAACACCACCAACUACCUUACCGACCCAAUCCACCCCAACUUUGGUCCCACUGUUGGACGCUACGCGAACCGCAUCAAGAAUGGCACAUUCACCGCCAACAAUCAGACCUACUACGUACCUCGCAAUGAAAACGGCAAGAAUUCGCUUCACGGUGGAGAUGUCGGAUACGACCGAUCGCCGUUCGUCGUCGAAAGCUUCAAUGCGACGUCGAUUGUGUUUGCGCACGUCGACCCUGACGGCUUUCAAGGGUGCGUGCAGGAGCGUGCGAGAAGCUGUAGCGUCGGGAGAGCGCCCGCGCGGCGCGCCACUGACCACCAAGCCACAUUUGCAGUUUCCCGGGACAGGUUGACAGCCGCGUGAUUCACACUCUGCAGCCAAAUGCUACGUGGGCAAUCUCCAUGAGCGCCAAUGUCUCUGCCCCACAAGACAUCCAGACGCCCAUUCUGCUCUCAUCGCACGUUUACUGGAACUUGGAUGCCUAUGCUGACGGCUCCAACAGCACCAUCCUCGACCACGUCCUGCACAUGCCGCACGCAGACAAGUACAUCCAGACCGACAGCGACUUGAUCCCAACAGGUCCACGUCCAGACGUCUCGGGCACGCCGUUCGAUUUCCUCCAGCCGACUCCCUUUCGCCGCAACUUUGACAAUUCGACGGGAAUCUGCGGGGCAAACUGCACUGGAUGGGACAGUUGCUUCUGGCAGAGCAACGAGCCCGCGCGAGACGAGCCGCAGUUGGAGAUGUACAGCCCUCGGAGCGGCAUCAAGCUGAGCCUCACGACGGACCAACCAGCAUUCCAAAUUUACACUUGCUCGGGCAUAUCCAGUCCUGCAAAGGGAAGCCUGCCGCGCAAGAGAUCCCACGGAGGCGAUGGCACGCUGGCUGAAAUCUACGAGAAUCACUCUUGCGUCGUGAUCGAAGCGGAAGGCCUCAUUGAUGCCAUCAACAAUCCCGACUGGAAUGUCGAUCAACUCUACUCGGCGUCCAAACCAUACACGUGGGCUGCAGAGUACCGCUUCUCCAACGUCGAUGAGCAAGGACAGCCGGUUGCGGCUAGUAGCGCUGCGACCGCGACCGCUACCGCCACCUCUGCUAGUGUCGCCUCUCCAUCGAUCGCAAACGCCACCUCUACGAGCUCCGCAACCAACACGCCUGCGCGUAGGGACACCAACGGCAUGUGA